AUGGAUGUAGAUAUGACGGAUAGUCCGUCGCAAGGAACUACUUCCACUCUUGAAAAGAUGGACCUGAUCAAGACUGUGACAGGUCUUGACCAGAGCGGUCCUGGAGAAGACGGCAAGAAUCUCGAAAAGUUGUGGAAACACUUGACUGUAUCAGCAGAUGCUCAAUUCCAUGCUGCCGAGGAAAGCAGUUUGCGAUGGCUGCUUAAGUCUAUGAACGGCUCAUCAAAGGACGCCGAAACUUUGCGACGAUGGCCUUUGACCUGGACUAUCCUCGAAUGCGUCUUCCAGCGCAUUCCUUUCUUUUCGCUCGCCAAAUCACUCGCCGACCGACGAUUCAUUGCUGUCUUGCAACAGGCAUUGAAGGAUGUUUCCCAACCUACUACAGAAACACUAUCUACCCCUUCGAAGAGGAAGAGAUCGACGACAAAAAGUUUUAGCCUGGAUGCUCUACGAGAUACCGAAGGAUGCUUGAUGGCUGGCGACGCCCUGUUUAGCGCCUUGAAGAGUCUGUUGGACCGACUCGAAUUUACCGCGACGCAAUCAUCUCACGACAGGAUCGGCGCCGAACACAUUCGAUCUCUUUUCUGUACUUCAGCCGCUGACGCUGCAGCUUUGACUUCCUUGUCAUUGAAGCUGUGCGACAUUGCGCUUGCCAACGGUGAAGAGCAGGAGGGUCGGGAAUCAUGGAUCGAAACGAUAACAUCCAUUUGGGAUCUGCACCUACAAGGGAACGAUGAUACGUUGGAGGUUGCUGCGCACUUGUUUCCCCCAUCUACGGCUAUUCUCGACAAGUUGGAGGGAAUCUCAGGAACACACAAGAUCGUAGCAAGCGAGCACUUGAAAGCGAAAUGGACAGCCGACCUCGAAAAGCUCAUGCACCGAAAUUUGAUACUCCCCGCCCGAGCUGCCUUCAUUAACCGACAAGACCUGGAACCCAUCACAAGAGCACUUCACGCAGCCAGUAAUAACCGUGACGUGGCAGCCCCUGCGCUAUACUUUUUGGCCUCAGGUGUUACAGAUUCGCUGAGUGAAGGAAAACUACGAAAAGGAAACAUCGAUUGGACGAAGCAGAUCUUCAAGAUCGUAGAAGGCUCACUAAGGGACCGCGAGGAUCGAGAUAAGCUUGUGCAGGUUGUGUUGGAGCGAGCGGCUGAGAAAUCAAUGUCAAUUGACACGGAUGACCUGCGCUCCGUUUGUCGAGAGUAUGCGCUACAGGAACAAAGCACAAAUUGGCGAUUAAUUGCGGUGAUUGCUACUUGCGAUCCCGAUAUAUUCCUCCAGCGAUCCGAGGAGGGCGCACGCUUAUUGGAAACUGUCUGCGAACGAAGUACUUCCCAAGAACUCAGCCAGGAUGAUGUUGAAUCAGUUUCAAAGAUCAUCAAGGCUAUCGCUCAAGUAUUCCGAACUGGACGAGUGUUUGGUGAUUUCUUGAAGUUAUGGUUUCAGCAGUUAUGCAAGGUCGAGAAGCAGAAGAGCAAGGUCGCCUCGCCAUGGCUUCAGGUUGGCCAAGUGCAGCAAGGCCAUGACUCAUUCGAGACCUUGAUCGAAAAGGAGAUGUCGCCACUGCAACUGCUUGAAGUGUUGCAAUGGCUAGAAAACGAGAAGCUACACUCGAGGGCGCUUUGCCUCUUCCUGGACUCCAUCGCCCAGGGCAUUCGAAGCGAGGCUUAUUUGGAUGCUAUGGGUAGCAAGCUCUUUGACUUGGUGAGCCAGGUGAAGAAGUCGUCGUCUGCUUUGACUGCCCUGAAGUGGGGAGUUGUGUCAAAGACUAUCUCCUGGGUUACUCCUGAAGCGAGGACUGAGAUUUGGACUGCAGUGCAAGGGCAGCUAACCAAGAUAUUGUCCGAGUCACCUGUUGAGUCUAGGGAGACAUAUGAGGCUUUCAAGUGCUGUUGCCAGGCUUGGGUUUCGAUGAGCCCUGAUGGCGCGCACAUUGCCGAGGCUGCCGGCCUGGUUGAUGCUUUUACCACCCGACUCUCAUCAGAACUUCUUUCUUCCAAGUCCCUGAAGGGCAAGGAUAUGUCUCUGUUUUUGCAACAGGACCCUGCACCAGCCUUUCUUGAUGAAGCAGCUGCAGAGCACUAUCUAGCUUGGUUCUUGCGCGGUUGCAGUCGUCUAACUCGCUUCGUGUACGGCACAAAGGCCACUCUUCCUCAGGCCUUGGAGAAGGCGUUAUCGCUCCCUAGUAGUGAGGCCACCCAGUUGAGAGACAUUUGGGCCUGUCUGCUCGAAAAUGAGAAUAGCAUGAACAGCGCUAAAGUUGCCGGCAACCUUAUUGACCGCUUGAUCAAUUCGCUGGAAGAGGACGGAAAGGAGAAGCGCUGGCCUGCAGAAGGCAGUCAAACCUGGAUCAAAAGCUUGAACAGUGCUCAUACAGAUGCCUUUAGUCGACCUCAACGAGAGCGCGUCAUGACGCUUCUUCAUGCACACCGAUCAAAGACGACGAAACGUAUCUCUAUCGAGGGCUGGAGAUAUAUACUUGCCUUGUCCACCAAGUUGAUGGGUCGAGCAACAUUCUACGAGGGCAUGCAGUUCUCGCACUUGGCCGAAGUCGCUGAUGCCAUGUCGGAUCUCUCAAGCUCAACGCCAACGCAAGACGGCACUUUGACUGAUCUCAUUGACUCAUACUAUGCCAUGGCAGCAACUACUAUUCAACAGAUGGCAGAGCACGUGGAAGAACGUAGUGUCAAGUACUUGAGCGAAAGCCGCAGCUUUAUCUCUGAAUGCGAAGAUGCUGGUGAUUUGUCACCUUUCCGCCUGACGCUGCUGAAGGCACUUAUCGACGAACUUUCCAAGUCACCCAACUGCUCCAGUCAUCCUGAACUGAGCUCUCUUCCAGAAGUUGCCAAGAACGCACUUGGGAAGACCGUUAUUGCCGCUACUGGAUACUUUUUGACUGAGAAGAAGGCAUUUGAGAGCCAUAAUGUCAUUGCCGACCUCCGACUUUUCGCAGCAGUAGAUGCAGCAGAGUCAUUGGAAAGCCUCUCAGGAGCCGCAAAGCUGAAGCAAUCUGACGUACGAAAGGCAGAGAAGAGAAGCCAUGCGGCUAUGGCAUCGGGAGAUCUAAGAGGAUGGAAGAUGGAAACGUUUCUCAGAACAUUCUUCACGCCACUUCUAGAGGAACCCCGACCAACAACAUUCUACAGCCUCAGCCAAGUCCCCCAGAAACUUCGCGAGCCAUUUUUCAAGAGCAAUGUUGUUUCUAUCAUAAAGCCAAUGGAUACCUCCGCCAAGAUGGACUACUUGAAGGAUCUAAUUCAAGGUUUCGUCCAAGGCUCAAACACGGAUGGUCAGGCGUCAGCUAUCCAUACCGUCGUGGACCAGCUUCUAGAAUCCUCUGAUCUCCCGACCAAGGGUUCCGGCUUUGACCUAGCAACAGCUCAUAGCGAGCUGACCGCGACGCUUUUGACAUUAAAGGGACAGUCCGUAUGCACCCGCGUCUGUCGAAUUCUCCGGGCCAUACUGGAAAAGAAACCCCAAUCCAUGACUCAAUGGAACAUUGAGCUUGUUCUCACCACUGUUUCCGGCCUGAGCCUGUCUACCAAGCUUGACGAGCAGUUGCCCAACGAAAGGGUGCCUUUUGCUUCACUAUGCGGAUUGGUAGAAAUCAUUAUCAAGAAGCACCGCCUCAGGCUCGAAGGUCACCACCACCUUUUGUUGUCAACAAUGCAGUCUCUCCUCCGUAAUCUCGUCGUUAACCACAGCGCUACCGACACACUGGGGCAGACUUUACAUGAGUCCAAGGCUCAUCUUUACGCUCGUCUUAUCACACUCAUCUGUGAGCCGACAGCUGGUGCUGUGGCCCGAUCACAGCACCAGAGUUCUCUGGACUCGGCCACAGAUGCGGCAAAGCGUUCGGCUGGAAGGCAUAUGUAUCUGAUCAUGAUGCAGUAUGUCAAGCUGCAGCUCGAGGCUGAUGUGCCGCGCAGAGUGAACGAGGCCCUCGAGCCCGCUAUGAAUUCUAUUUUCGAUAUUACACCUUCCGAGGUUCGAAAGAUUCUGAACGAUGCUAUGGAUAAGAGUGGACGUGCCAUCCUGAAGGAGAUGUACAAGAGAUACACCAAGUUUGGUAAAUGGAGCGGCGUAUAG